CAUCCCCUUAUCUACUAUCUUAAUCAGUCGGUUGAGUCAAUCCCCCUAAGCUUAUCUAAACUAUACCUCUUAAGCUUUGACUUUAACUCGCAUUUUUUUUUGUUUGAUUUAAGUUAAGAUUUAGAUUAGAUUUAGAGUUUCUUUUAGAAGCUUGUUUACCAUCACCACCCACCACCAUCCACCAUCCACUACCCACAAAUCAUAUACAAUCCACGCUCCUCUCUCCCUCCCUCUCCAUCCAUCCAUCGCUUUCUUUAAUUCCAACUCCUUACUCAUCCACAAGUAAAGCAUCAAUAUCUAACUUCCUCCUCCCCCCGCCUUGCAUACCACCCCCCAUCGACGUAGUCAUCAUCCUCCAUCAUCAUCCAACUGCAUUUUAAUCUUAUUCAUUCAUUAUCAUUAUCAUCAUGAAUUUAAAAGUAUUACAACCUACUAAAGUGAAUCGAAAAUUAUUCAUCUAUUCAUGUUUAAUAACGUGGAUCUUGAUUUUAAAUAUUGGUUUCUUUAUUUAUUAUUAUUAUUAUGAUCGAUAUGCUUCUUUAACUUCUCCAUCAUUUUCAUCAGAAUUUGAUGAAUAUGAAUCUCAAAAUAAUUGGUCAUUUGAAGAUGUUAAUAACGAUAAUAAAAAAGAAUAUAACCCUGUUAAUACUACAGUUUUAAAUAACUUAUAUUUACAAACUUUACAAAAACAAUUACAAAUAAAUGAUAUCAGAGAUAUUGAACCAAUAUUUUCAACUAAUUAUGAUAAUAUCUUAAAGAAUCAUGAUUAUGAUCCAUUUUCAAUCCUUGGAAAUUUGAAUUUUCAAGAUCGUUGUGAUUUAUAUUUUCAAAAUUUAUAUGCUGUAAAUCAUAAUUGGUUUAUAAAUCCUGAUGAAAAUUUACCCUUGGUUGAUCGUCUUUCAUUUGACUUUGAAGAUUGGAAACAAACUCAUAUGAAUGAUAUGAAAGAAAAAUAUGCUAAAGAACAUAAAAUGAAUAAAGAUGAUGUUAAACAUGAUCAAGAAUUUGAAGAUUUUAUGUUAUCUCUUUAUAAACAAUUUUGGUCAGCCACCAAAAAUACUGAACAAAAAGUUCUGGAUUAUUUAUCCCAUUUAAGAAUCUUUAAUAAAUGUUAUAUUGCUAAUGAUAAUGCAAAUCAUAUUAAAGAACAAAAUGAUUUUAUCUUAAAUCAAAAAUUAUUAGUAAGAGAAGUUUUUGAAGUUGGAAAUACUCAAUUAAAACCAUUCACAAAUUCUAAGCUUGAAAAUUCAAUCAAUCCAAAUUCUUUUCAUGAUUGUAAUGAUUUAGAACAAAGAUUAUAUCCUUGGUUAUCAUUUAAUUUCCCGGCUUAUGAACAUUGGUCAGGUGAAGUGUUAAUGUCUCCUCCUCAAACUGUUACAAAAAAGAAAUCCACUCCACCACCUAUAAAAUCAAAAUUAACUAAUUCAAAAUCUUGUUUCCUUAAUAAAUUUAAAAAUUUAGCUAAUGGUAAAGGGUUAGUCAUGACUAUUAAUGAUGGUCAUCUUGAAGAUACCGUUAAUCUUAUUCGAUUAUUAAGAGCUCUAAAAAAUAAAUUACCUAUUCAAAUUGUAUAUUAUGAUCAUAUUUCAGCCAAUACCAAACGGAAAAUUAUUGAAGCUGCCAGAGAAAGAUUUAAUGAUUUACCAAAAUCAUUUGAAAAAGUUCGUCAUUUAUUUGGAGAUGAUUAUUUACAAAGUGAAGAUCAAGGUUUACCAAAACAAGAUAUUUGGUUUGUAAAUACUUAUCAUGUUGUUCAUGGACAAUAUCGAGAAAAAUUUAGACAUUGGGGUAAUAAAUUCUUAGCUACUUUAUUUAAUUCAUAUGAAGAAUUUAUAUUAUUAGAUUCUGAUGCUGCUAUCGUUAAAAAUCCUGAAAUUUUCUUUGAAUUAGAAGGGUAUAAAGAAACUGGGACUUAUUUUUAUAAAGAUAGAACUACUGCAGAAUAUAGACCAGUAUCAGAUUCAGUAUUUUUCAAAAAGAUAAGUCCAUCAGUAUUAGAUUCAUUAAUCUUUAAUAUUCCAUUAAUCACUACUAAAACUACUAAUAAUCAUAUUUUAUCUGGUUUGAAACAUCAAAUGGAAUCAGGAUUAGUAGUUAUAAAUCGUUCUAUGCAUAUGGCAUCAUUAUUAUUAAUGCCUCAAUUACAUUUUAUGGAUCCUGCUAAAGAUAGAUCUCAUGGUGAUAAAGAAUUAUUUUGGUUAGCAUUUUCAAUUAAUGGGGAUGAAAAUUAUCAUUUCAAUAAACACAAUGCCGCUGCCAUUGGUAUUAUUGAUCCAGCUCGUAAAAAGAAGAAUGGUGAUGAUUUUGAAUCGAUUGAAAUUUGUUCUCCUCAUCCCGGUCAUGUUAAUGGAUAUGAUAAUUCAUUAGAUUGGUUUAAUUCGGGUUUCCAUUUUUGUGGAAGAUAUACUGCCGUUAAUUAUCCUCAAGAUUUCAGAAAUCGUAAACAAACAUUAAAUUAUAUUAAAUCAGUGGAAGAAAUGAGAACAUUUUAUUAUAAUCCCGUUCAAAUUGAAUAUGCUAUUUUACCCCCAUUUACCAAUCUGAAAGAAAUGGAAUUCCCCAAUGAAGAAGAAGAACCUGUAAAAGCAUGGGUUAAACAUCAAGAGAUUUGUCAUGGAUAUCAAUAUUGUGCAUUUACUUCAGCAGGAGGGAAAGAUUUGAAUAUUCAAGGUGAAUUAGUGGAAUUUAGUGAAACUCAAAGAUUAUUAUAUCAAUAUUAUGGUGAUAUUUGGGUUGGACUUGAAUAAAUGAGACUAAUUAAUACACCCAUCCUUCCAUUCAACAAAAAAGAACAUUAUUUAUCUAUUUAUACAUAUAUAUUUGCCAUAGACUAUUUUUAUAACAUUUUUACAUUAAUACAUUUAAAAACAGAAAUUUUAACAACUUAAUAAA